AUGGGUAAGCUUAGUGCUAGCAGCAAGAAAAAGAAUGGCAUUAUAAAGCUCAAAAUUGUAGCUAAGAAGCUACAUAAGAGCCUGCUAUUGAUGGGAAAGAAAACAGCAAGUUCCUAUAGGAAUGAAUGUGAAGAAAUUAAUGACUCAACAUUUGUUCCCAAAGAUGUUAAGGAAGGGCAUUUUGCAGUGAUAGCUGAUGAGCAAGCAGCUGAAGAGUAUGGUUUUGAUCAUGAGGGUGCCCUCACAAUUCCUUGCCAGCCAAGCCAGCUGGAAAUGAUAUUGGAAGAGCAACGGGAGGAAACAGGUGAUGAGGCUAGUGCUGUUGGUGUCAGUUGGAGCUCAAUUAGUAAGACAAUGGUGCAGAGCUACUGA